AUGGACGGUCAAGCCCCCUUUUUAGUGAUUCCGACGAAGCGGGGCGCAGUUCCUACGUUGACACCUGCGCAGGUGAACGCCAUUCUGGAUCCAUCGGAGCGAAUCCUCUCCACUAGCGUAUUCGAGGCGAUAGACUUCGUGAAGCCGUGCCUAGAGGCAGGGCUGCCAAUGAGCGCGUACUGCGGUAUGAGUGGGUACAGGACUGUGCUCACACUGCGCUCGUCUUUCCACGGCCCGCACGCAAGUGCAUUCUCCACAGACUCCACGGUUGCCGGCGACAGUGAAAAAGGCCGCGCCGUGGUUUCCUUUGAGAAAUGGCGCGAAGUGGUGAAGGCAACGCAGCCCACCUUGGUGGUGGUUGUACACGAAUCUGUUCCUCUUUGCGAGCCACUGAGCAAGCGGCGACGUGUUGCCACGACUCGCUCGGAGAUGUGGCUGGCUAAAACCGAAGAGGCGUCAGACCUGGGGUGCACGAUUCUGCCGUCCAUCUCGGUUGCUGGUACCCACGAUAGUGGGUACAUUGACGCCGUGCCCCGCGGGGAGAACAGCUACGAGUUUUUCCAAACGCUUCAGGCACUUCACCUAUCACCGAAAAAGUGUACAAUGUGCGUUGCACCCCACAUUCCUGCACUGCUUGCCGCGAUGGUGAGCAAUGUGUCGCUGAUAGAGUGCCCAGUUCCGUGGGCACUCGCCGAAAAAGGUGUAGCGCUGCUUCUUCCUGUGAAGGAGGCGACAGGGACGACCCCACAACCCGUUGUACCCCUUCUGGACUUAAAUGACAACGUGUUCGCCCUUGAUAUCAACCCUAUCGAUGAAGGGUGCGGCUGCUUCACCUGCAAGCGACACUGUCGCGCCUACCUGCACCAUCUUCUGACUGUGCAAGAAAUGAACAGCAACAUUCUCUUGGUCAUGCAUAAUCUUACGCAGGUAGUCCACCUCGUGCGAACCUACAGGUGUGCCGACGCGCCUGCGCGUGAGGCUCUUGUGAGUCGCGUUGCUUCCGCCCUUUGA